AUGAGUAUACAAAAGAGAAAAGAGUCACGGCUAUACAGUGAGUCCAAUUGGGAUCGUACUGGUUCCUUUGCCUCCCACCAUGGGACCCACCGUGGGUCUCAUGGUUUUCAUGGUUCCUCAACACACCCCACCCACCACCAUAUGAAGCAUGGAGGACGUCAUGAUCAGAAAAUAAUAAUGCCACAAGUUCCACGAAAAAAUUACCUACAUUUUCUGGAAGAGAAAAGAAGACUACAAUUCAAGAAAUUUCUCCUUCACAGAAUGUUUCUUGUGGCCAAGAUAUCAGCAAAUGUGGAAAAGAAAAAAAUUACAGAUUACUAUGAGCAAUUAUAUCAAAAUAUACUCAAGUAUCACCUGGGAGAAAAUGUGACCGGGAUCAUCCUUAUCUAUCCUACAACCAUUCUCCACGUCCUCGAGAGCUCCACUGGGACUCUUUACCGAAUUCUUCAAGACUACGUUUCUCAUGAUGAAAAUGAACCUGAUUUUUUGCUCCAAGAUCUAAAAAUUUUAGUUGUGUCUCAUAACAUUCCAACGAGACUCUUCAUGCAAUGGUACACCUCGGUGGUCACCGUACCUGUGAUGUAUCUGGAAGAUAUCACUCAGUCCCAAUCUAAAGACGAGGUGGUCACUGACUGCCUCACCCUGGUGCUCAAACUGGGCAUGUACCUAUUAAGGAAUGUUAAAGUAGGCACUAAAGGGCCAGGGGAUACCCUGCACAAUCUUGUGCCUGAACUUCUUCUCCCUGAAGAAAUCAUAAAGUAUCUGUGCAAAGCUGAAGGCUUCUUGACUCCCGCAGAGUUUUUAAGAAUGUAUAACAAGCCUAUUCAUGUGACACUGGAUGCAGAAGUCGUGUGGCCUGCCCCCACACCUCUUUAG